AUGGACUAUGUCACGCGAGGGGUCUGCGGCCAAGAGUCAUGCCGUGAACGAAGGUACUAUCUCGAUAACGGUCUCUGGUUCUGUCGGCGCGGCCAUUUACAGGAGGGUCGUCAAAUCGAAGAAGAUCCAGAUGAUUUUGGAACUCAGGGUAGAACCCAUCGGGUGAAGCAUGAAAAGGAGGAGAGAUCUCGAAAGACUGCGCGAGGCCGGCAGGCAAAUACCCUUUUAUUGCAGGGCUAUCAAUUGAUUCUAUGGCAACAAUGUCAUGCUUUAGUGAACGAACAUGGCUUCCCAGAGGAAUUAGAGGGAGUGGUUCGCGACCUUUGGGCUCUAAGGCUCCGUGGCUUUUCUCUGAAGAUUACCCAGUCUGCUGAAGAUGAGGGUGAUGAAAGUGAGCCAGAGCUUUUUAGUUCCCAAGCUUCGGCGACAGAAGAUUCAGAUGAAAUGGGUUUAAAGUCAAGAUCUAGAUACCUUGAAUGGCCACGAUUGAUUGAAGCUGUCUGUCUUUGCUAUCUAGCAUCUGUUUUGAUGCGGUUGCCAAUCUGCGUCCACGACUUGCAUCGGUUAAUAGUCCGACAGGAACUUCCAUAUAUCAGGGCAUUGAAAACCGUCCCUUCAGAGAUCAAGCACAAACUUCCUCCAGAGUUUGUUGCAAUCCUUGAUAUCAAAAAAAUCCCAAAAUUGGAAACACUUCAUCGGACAUGUCGGGAUCUAGCCAUCUUCUAUCAACGCAAGUUUGGAAUUGUGCUUCCCUCAAUGAACUCUCCCAUCAUAUUAUACCGCCAUAUCAAACGACUAGCAGUUCCAAUUGAUGUCUACGAGAUAAUCAAAACUUUGCAAAGUUACCUCGGAUUCACAUUCAAAUAUCCCGACCAACUUGCCGAAAACAGGCGGAAACAUUCACUUCAUCUGCCUGAAGUCCAAAUGGUCGUUCUUAUCGUAAUGGCUACGAAGCUGCUCUUCCCAUUUGAUGAUAUAGAGCGACAUCCAGCCACAACUAUGGAACCCGCCACACAAAGCAUGAACUGGCAGGCAUGGAUGCAAGCGCAGCAGCAAUUUGAUGCCGAGAAAGUCACCGGUGUGGAAAUGGGCAAAGAAAAGAUCAUUCAAAUGACCGACUCGGAUGUCUUGGGGAUGGACCCCAGCAAACUCGACGAGUAUAUGGACUGGUAUGAAAAGAGCUGGUUGGGCACCCAAGCAGUCACAAAUCAGAUCACAGAUUUGUUCCCUGUCAGCCAGGAAUUUCCACAGCCUCUACCUGACUCCGAAGAGGCGCCUGAGAUCCCUGUUGAGGUGAACAAUGAGGAAGAAGCCUUAAAUACUAUGCUCCAGCGCGUUAUGGAAAGUGUAGUUGCCGUGCCCUCAGUGCCACGCGAAGAGGGCAAGAGACCUCCCAGGCCAGGUGUCUGGUACCAUCGAUACCGUUGGGUGUCUACACUUCCGGAAAAGGCACGAUUAUUUUACGAAAUAUCAGCUCAACUUGCAGGUGUUGACUUAGAAACACUUGUUAGAGCUGUUACCGUUGCUGAAUGGCGGGUUGCUCAUUGGCAAGACGAGCAACGUCGCGCGGAUUAUGCGGAAUUUGGAUUUGAUUCUAAUGAGGAAGAUGAUGAUAUGUAUGGUGAGGUAGGUGGAGAUAAUGAAGAUUUGGAUGAACUUCAACUUCGUGAACUUCAUGAACAAUGGUCGGACUUGGAUGUUGAUUAG